GCAAAUCGGCCGUAGUAUCUGAGCGUUCUGCUGAAUUCUUCUAGUAUCUUCCAAAGAACUACAAGACUUCAAAACACACAAACAAAAAAACACCGUCAUCAUGGGUAAGGACGAGAAGGCUCACAUUAACUUGGUCGUCAUCGGCCACGUCGACUCCGGCAAAUCCACCACUACUGGACACUUGAUCUACAAGUGCGGUGGUAUCGACCAGCGUACCAUUGAGAAGUUCGAGAAGGAAGCCGAAGAGUUGGGCAAGAAGUCCUUCAAGUAUGCCUGGGUUCUUGACAAGCUCAAGGCUGAGCGUGAGCGUGGUAUCACCAUUGAUAUCGCCCUCUGGAAGUUCGAGACCCCCAAGUACAUGGUCACCGUCAUCGAUGCCCCCGGGCACCGUGACUUCAUCAAGAACAUGAUUACUGGUACCUCCCAGGCCGACUGCGCUAUUCUCAUCAUUGCUGCCGGUACUGGUGAGUUCGAGGCUGGUAUCUCCAAGGAUGGCCAGACUCGUGAGCACGCCCUGCUCGCUUUCACCCUCGGUGUCAAGCAGCUCAUCGUUGCCAUCAACAAGAUGGACACCACCAACUGGUCUGAGUCCCGUUUCGGUGAAAUCAUCAAGGAAGUCACCAACUUCAUCAAGAAGGUCGGCUACGACCCCAAGGGUGUCCCAUUCGUCCCAAUCUCUGGCUUCAACGGUGACAACAUGAUUGAGCCCUCCACCAACUGCCCAUGGUACAAGGGAUGGAACAAGGAGACCAAGGCCGGUGGCAAAUCCUCUGGUAAGACCCUCCUUGAGGCCAUCGAUGCCAUUGACAUGCCCACUCGUCCCACCGACAAGCCUCUCCGUCUCCCACUCCAGGAUGUCUACAAGAUCUCUGGUAUCGGAACAGUACCAGUCGGUCGUGUUGAGACUGGUAUCAUCAAGCCUGGUAUGGUUGUCACUUUCGCCCCCGCCAACGUCACCACUGAAGUCAAGUCCGUCGAAAUGCACCACCAGCAGCUCGUCCAGGGUGUUCCCGGUGACAACGUUGGCUUCAACGUCAAGAACGUCUCUGUCAAGGAAGUCCGCCGUGGUAACGUUGCCGGUGAUUCCAAGAACGACCCACCAGCUGGCUGCGCCUCUUUCAAGGCCCAGGUCAUCGUCCUCAACCACCCCGGCCAGAUCGGUGCUGGUUACGCCCCAGUCCUUGACUGCCACACUGCCCACAUUGCUUGCAAGUUCUCUGAGCUUCUUGAGAAGAUUGACCGCCGUACUGGUAAAUCCGUCGAAACCAGCCCUAAGUUCGUCAAGUCUGGUGAUGCCGCUAUUGCCACCAUGGUUCCAUCCAAGCCCAUGUGCGUUGAGGCUUUCACUGACUACCCACCACUUGGUCGUUUCGCCGUCCGUGACAUGAGACAGACCGUUGCCGUCGGUGUCAUCAAGGCUGUCGAGAAGUCCACUGGUACCGGUAAGGUCACCAAGUCCGCCGCUAAGGCCGCCAAGAAGUAAAUCAUUUAACCUACCUCUUGAUGUAACGACAACUAUGAUGAUGAACAAAAAAAUGGUUUCUGAUGGUUGAGAGAAAAAGAGAUGACGGUUUUUCUUUUACUCUACUUUCUCCCUCGAAUAAAUAAAUACCUUUCCCAUUUCUCCGAGGUGUUUUUUUCUUGCGGGCAUAUGAGAAUCCACAAAAACACCACUCAUCGUCUCCCUCUCCGUAUUAGAUAAAACCCGGUUUCAAUUUACAUAAAAUUUCAAUU